UCGAGAAGCGCUGCCAUGACCACCUUCUCUACGGAGGUUUUUGACAACGAGGUCGUUCCCUCUUCACUCGGCACUAUUGCCCCAAUCCUUCGCAUCGCCACAGAGGUCGAAAGCGAACGCCCUCGCGUCGCUUAUCUCUGUCGGUUCUAUGCAUUUGAGAAGGCUCACAGGUUGGAUCCGAGUUCCAGCGGUCGUGGUGUGAGGCAGUUCAAGACAGCUUUGUUGCAGAGAUUAGAGAGGGACAAUGCAUCCAGUCUUGCCUCUCGUGUUAAAAAGACUGAUGCGCGGGAAAUAGAAAGCUAUUAUCAGCAGUACUAUGAACACUAUGUUAGAGCCCUUGACCAGGGCGAGCAAGCAGACAGAGCUCAGCUCGGUAAGGCCUACCAGACAGCCGGAGUACUUUUUGAAGUGCUUUGCGCUGUUAAUAAGACCGAGAAAGUUGAAGAAGUUGCUCCUGAGAUUAUUGCAGCUGCUAAGGAUGUCCAAGAAAAGAAGGAAAUCUAUGCACCAUAUAACAUUCUUCCUCUGGAUGCUGCUGGGGCUUCACAAUCACUAAUGCAGCUUGAGGAGGUCAAGGCUGCUGUCUCUGCCUUGUGGAACACCCGUGGCUUGAAUUGGCCUGCUUCCUUUGAAUCACAGAGACAGAAAGCAGGAGAUUUAGAUCUUCUUGAUUGGCUAAGGGCCAUGUUUGGUUUUCAGAAAGAUAAUGUCAGAAACCAGAGAGAGCAUCUGAUUUUACUACUUGCUAAUAAUCAUAUAAGGCUUCAUCCCAAGCCUGAACCCCUUAACAAGCUUGAUGAACGAGCUAUUGAUGCAGUUAUGAAUAAACUUUUUAAGAAUUAUAAAACAUGGUGCAAAUUUUUAGGACGAAAACACAGUUUAAGGCUCCCUCAAGGUGCUCAAGAAAUACAACAAAGAAAGAUGCUAUACAUGGGUCUAUAUCUUCUCAUAUGGGGUGAAGCAGCUAAUAUUCGCUUCAUACCAGAGUGUCUGUGCUAUAUUUUUCAUAAUAUGGCAUAUGAACUCCAUGGCCUCUUGGCUGGAAAUGUUAGUAUUGUCACUGGAGAAAACAUUAAACCUUCCUAUGGUGGUGAUGAUGAGGCAUUCCUGCGGAAAGUUGUAACACCCAUUUAUCGUGUAAUUGCCAAGGAAGCUAAGAAGAGUAAGGAUGGGAAAGCUUCUAACUCAGCUUGGUGCAAUUAUGACGAUCUCAAUGAGUAUUUCUGGUCGGCUGAUUGUUUCUCUCUUGGUUGGCCUAUGCGUGAUGAUGGGGACUUCUUCAAGUCAACACGUGAAAGGGGAAAAGGAAGGAAGGGAAAUCAACAAAAAUCUGGGAGCACAGGAAAAUCAAAUUUUGUCGAAACACGAACAUUUUGGAACAUUUUUCGAAGUUUUGAUAGAUUGUGGACUUUCUAUAUACUGGCUCUGCAGGCAAUGCUCAUUGUUGCAUGGACAGACGUUUCACCGACUGAGAUCUUUCGGAUUGAUAUUAUGUAUUACUUAUCUAGCAUUUUCAUCACAGCAGCCUUUCUGCGAUUCCUUCAAAGUAUUUUGGACAUUAUUCUGAACUUCCCAGGAUAUCAUCGAUGGAAGUUCAAUGAAGUUCUGCGAAACAUUCUCAAGAUAAUAAAUAGCUUUGCCUGGGCAGUAGUUCUUCCAAUAUUUUAUGUGUCAUCCGUGUCUUAUGCUCCUCAGCAGUUUAAGAAAUGGCUUGCAUUUCUUCCUCAAACAAAGGGCAUUCCUCCUUUAUAUGUCAUGGCUGUCGCUUUAUAUUUGCUCCCAAAUUUACUAGCAGCUUGUUUAUUCAUUUUCCCAAUGCUCCGACGCUGGAUUGAGAACUCAGACUGGCACAUUGUUAGGCUUCUCCUAUGGUGGUCACAGCCAAGAAUAUAUGUUGGAAGGGGAAUGCAUGAAAGUCAAUGGGCUCUUUUUAAGUAUACACUUUUCUGGAUACUACUCUUCUGUGCGAAAUUUGGAUUCAGCUAUUUUGUCCAGAUAAGACCUUUGGUGAAACCAACAAAAGAUAUAAUGAGAAUUAGUCAUGUUAAAUAUGCUUGGCCUGAACUUUUUCCUGGAGCUAAUCGCAAUUACGGGGCAGUUGCCUCGUUCUGGCUUCCAAUAAUUCUGAUUUACUUUAUGGAUACUCAAAUUUGGUAUGCUAUAUUCUCAACUUUGUGUGGUGGUGCUGUUGGGGCCUUUGAUCGCCUAGGAGAGAUACGAACUUUGGGCAUGCUGAGGUCACGCUUUCAAUCCUUACCUGCAGCAUUUAACACUUAUUUAGUGCCUUCAGAUAGGAAACCUAAAAGGGGAUUCUCCUUCUCAAAGCGGUUUGCUGAGGUUACAGCAGGCAGGAGAAGUGAAGCUGCAAAAUUUGCUCAGUUGUGGAAUGAAGUAAUUUGUAGUUUCCGUGAAGAAGAUCUGAUAAGUGACAGGAAAAGCCCUGAGGAGAUGGAUAUGUUGCUAGUUCCUUAUGCGUCGGAUCCUAGCCUUAACAUAAUUCAGUGGCCACCCUUUUUGCUUACGAGCAAGAUCCCAAUAGCAUUGGAUAUGGCAGCUCAAUUUCGAUCUAAGGACUCUGACCUUUGGAAGCGUAUAUGUGCAGAUGAUUACAUGAAAUGUGCAGUGAUUGAAUGCUAUGAGUCCUUCAAACUUGUCCUGAAAAUCUUGGUGGUUGGAGAAAAUGAGAAAAGGAUAAUUGGCAUCAUCAUUAAUGAAAUUGAGUCCAAUAUUUCGAAGAAUACAUUUCUUGCAAAUUUCAGAAUGGCUUCUUUGCCCAGCCUUUGCAAGAAAGUUGUAGAGCUUGUGGGAAUCUUGAAAGAUCCAGAAAUCAACAAGAAGGAUACUGUGGUAUUGCUGCUGCAAGAUAUGUUAGAAGUUGUUACGCGUGAUAUGAUGGUUAAUGAGAACCGUGAAUUGGCGGAACUUGUGAAUAGUAACAAGGAAUCUGGAAGGCAACUAUUUUCUGGUAUUGAUUCAAAGCCAGCUAUAUUGUACCCUCCUGUAAUUACACCACAGUGGGAAGAACAGAUAAGACGGCUUUAUCUCCUUUUGACAGUAAAAGAAUCAGCUGUUGACGUACCUACAAACCUUGAAGCUCGUAGAAGGAUUGCAUUCCUCUCAAACUCCCUGUUCAUGGAUAUGCCACGUGCUCCUCGAGUCCGUAAAAUGCUUUCAUUCAGUGUCUUGACACCAUACUACAGUGAGGAGACAGUUUAUUCUAAAGGUGACCUUGAGAUGGAGAAUGAAGAUGGUAUAUCUAUCAUAUACUACUUGCAAAAGAUCUUCCCAGAUGAAUGGAAUAAUUUCAUGGAGCGAAUCAAUUGUAAGAGAGAGAGUGAGGUUUGGGAAAGUGAUGAAAAUAUUUUACAAGUUCGUCAUUGGGUCUCCUUAAGAGGACAAACUCUGUGCAGGACAGUUAGAGGGAUGAUGUACUAUAGACGAGCUUUGAAGCUUCAGGCUUUUCUUGACAUGGCUACUGAAAGUGAGAUAUUGGAAGGUUACAAAGCCAUCACAGUUCCAUCUGAGGAAGACAAGAAAAGUCAGAGAUCCUUGUAUGCUCAAUUAGAGGCAGUGGCUGACAUGAAAUUUACUUAUGUUGCUACCUGUCAAAUAUAUGGAAAUCAGAAGCGAAGUGGAGAUCGUCGUGCUACAGACAUCCUGAAUUUGAUGGUUAACAAUCCCUCACUUCGUGUAGCAUAUAUUGAUGAUGUUGAAGAAAGAGAUGGUAACGGAACAGUACAGAAGGUAUAUUAUUCUGUCUUGGUGAAGGCCGUCGAUAAUCUAGACCAGGAAAUUUAUCGCAUAAAAUUGCCGGGUACAGCAAAGUUGGGAGAAGGAAAGCCGGAAAACCAGAAUCAUGCUGUUAUCUUUACACGGGGAGAAGCUCUUCAGGCCAUUGACAUGAAUCAGGAUAAUUACCUGGAAGAAGCUUUCAAAAUGCGUAACCUUCUGGAAGAAUUUAAUGAGGAUCAUGGAGUACGACCUCCUACAAUUCUUGGUGUUCGUGAGCAUAUAUUUACUGGAAGUGUUUCUUCUUUGGCUUGGUUUAUGUCAAAUCAGGAAACGAGCUUUGUCACCAUAGGUCAAAGAGUUCUUGCAAGACCUUUGAAGGUCCGGUUCCAUUAUGGUCAUCCUGAUGUGUUUGAUAGAAUUUUUCACAUAACUCGUGGUGGCAUGAGCAAAGCUUCUAAGAAUGUCAAUUUGAGUGAGGACAUCUUUGCUGGUUUCAACUCAACUCUAAGACGAGGGAAUGUAACUCACCAUGAAUAUAUUCAAGUUGGAAAAGGUCGAGAUGUGGGACUGAACCAAAUCUCUCUCUUUGAAGCAAAAGUUGCUUGCGGGAAUGGGGAGCAAACACUCAGCAGAGAUAUCUACAGAUUAGGCCAUCGAUUUGACUUUUUCCGCAUGAUGUCAUGCUACUUCACAACGAUUGGCUUUUACGUUAGCUCAAUGAUGGUUGUCCUUACAGUAUAUGCUUUCUUGUAUGGCAAACUUUAUUUGUCUUUAAGUGGAUUGGAGGAAUCAAUAAUGAAGUAUGCUACAACCAGGAGGGACGACCCUCUAAAGGCAGUCAUGGCUCAGCAGUCACUUGUUCAAUUAGGUCUUUUGAUGGCCUUGCCCAUGGUUAUGGAAAUCGGACUGGAGAGAGGGUUCAGAACUGCAUUAGGAGACAUAAUAAUCAUGCAGCUACAGCUAGCAGCCGUCUUCUUCACUUUCUCUCUUGGCACAAAGGCUCACUAUUUCGGGCGCACUAUCCUGCAUGGUGGGGCAAAGUACAGAGCAACUGGUCGUGGUUUUGUUGUGCGGCAUGAGAAGUUUGCUGAGAACUAUAGGCUUUACUCAAGGAGUCACUUUGUCAAAGGAUUGGAGCUUAUGGUGUUGCUUGUGUGUUAUUAUUUGUAUGGUAAAGUAGCAAAGAAUGACACUGUUUAUUUUCUUCUCACACUCUCAAUGUGGUUCCUAGUUAUUUCUUUUUUGUUCGCUCCUUUCCUCUUCAACCCUUCGGGAUUUGAGUGGCAAAAGAUAGUGGACGAUUGGGAAGAUUGGACAAAGUGGAUCAGCAGCCCAGGAGGGAUUGGUGUGCCAGCAGCCAAGAGUUGGGAAUCCUGGUGGGAAGAAGAGCAGGAACACCUACUGCACACUGGUUUUUUAGGCCGCCUUUGGGAGAUUAUUCUUUCACUACGCUUCUUCAUCUAUCAGUAUGGAAUCGUUUAUCACCUAGAUUUGGUUAAGAAUAGCGAAGCCGGUGAAGAACGAAGCAUCAUGGUCUACGGCAUGUCCUGGCUGGUUAUUGUAGGUUUGAUGGUUAUCUUAAAGAUUGUAUCGAUGGGUAGAAAGAAAUUCAGCGCAGAUUUUCAGCUUAUGUUCAGACUGCUCAAAUUGUUCCUGUUUAUUGGGUUCACGGUGGCUCUCGUCCUCAUGUUUCUUUUUCUUUCACUCAAGGUUGGAGACAUUUUUCAGAGUUUUCUGGCGUUCUUGCCCACCGGCUGGGCAAUUCUGCAGAUUGGACAAGCGUGCAGGCCAAUUGUUAAAGGUCUUGGAAUGUGGGGAUCCGUCAAAGCGCUGGCGCGAGGCUAUGAAUACUUAAUGGGCCUGAUCAUCUUCGCUCCGGUGGCUAUCCUUGCCUGGUUCCCGUUCGUCUCCGAGUUCCAAACCAGGCUGCUGUUCAACCAAGCCUUCAGCCGAGGGCUGCAGAUUCAACGUAUUCUGGCUGGUGGAAAGAAGCCGGCUGGUGGAAAGAAGCUUAAGUGAAAAGAACUAGCAAUUUCGGGAUUAUGAUUGUAGAAAGUGUUAAUUAAAUACGGAAAAAGAAAUGAAAGUGAAAAUGAAAGAAAGAAAGAAAAUAGCACGAAACUCUGCUCACCUCUGCUCAAAGCCCCCUUUUUUUCAGUUCAUUUCAAUCACCAAUACGACAUACAUUCUUCUCUCUAUUA